AUGGCCGCCAUAGUUGGUGCUUUUCUCAACAAUAGAAGAAAAGAGAGGAUUUAUAAACAUUUUUCCAUCAACAUGAACUGUGAUAACACAGAGAUGAGACGCCGCUACAUUUUUGCUAACAAUCGGAUUGAAAUAAUUGUACAGCUGCUUGCCCAAGACCUUCAACGGAAGACUAAACGGUCGGAAGCGGUGUCAGUCCGGAAGCAACAGGAAAUCAUGCGGGAGUUAUUCACAUCUGCUGGAUUUCCCAACGUCAUAGGCGCUGUUGAUAGCUCCCACAUACGUAUCAUUAUGCCGAAAGAUGGCCACGACUUCAUAAAUAGAAAGAAUUUCGCGUCGAUCAACGUUAUGGCUGUAAGUGACAGCAAAGGAAGGUUUACAUUCCUUGACACCAGAUGGCCAGGCUCAUCGCACGACAGUUUUAUUUAUCGUGCAAGUGAUCUUGCGGACCACAUGGACGCAAUGAACAGAAGUUGGACUGAUGGCAUUUUAAUUGCUGACAUUGGUGUCAUGAUGACACCAUACAGAGUGGCCGAUACGCAGCAGAAAAUUAGUUUCAACCGGGCACACUCAAGGACAAGAGUUGCUGUGGAAAUGGCUUUUGGUCGAUGGAAGCAUCGAUUCGGAAUUCUACAUGGAGAGGAGCCUGAUGUGGAUGACGUUGUUCCUGUAGCGCCACAGCCAGGCGAAGACUACAGAGGACAGGAGCAGGGGCAGGCCAUAAGAGAUCAUAUUGCUAGAGCAUACUUCACUUAA